AUGGCGGCGGCUUCCAAAUACUGCGGCAGGAAGGAGGACAUGCAGACGCCCCAUAGAAAUCUGCAAAAGGAACAAGUGGUGGCAGCAGUUGGAGUCGCCUGCCUGCCGAUUCCAUCGCGGGCCAUGACCGAGGUAAUAUCGAAAGCGAAGGCAUCAGUGUCCGCAGUGUCCGACGACUUGAAGCCCGCCGCUACGGGUCUGAUCGGGGCCGGAGGCUAUGGUGGCUACGGUGGCCUGGGUCAGGGUGUAAACAACUUCCAGAGCGGCUACGGCACUGGAGGCUUUGGCAAGGGCUACGGUGGAUUCUCGAAUUACGGAAACAACAAGGCACUGGCCGGUGGUGGAUUCGGCAAGGGUUCGUACGGCGACAACGUCGUAUCGGCAUACGGUAACCAGGGCCUGGGCCAGGGCGGCAUCAAUAACCUGGCCACUCACGGUCUGCACGGCGUCUCGGGAGCUACGGGCUUCAACCACCAGGGAGGCGUCAACAAGCAGUUUGCCGGAAAAGGAGCCGCACGGGACCAAUUCAACGCAGGACACAACAAGGCAAGCGAGACACUCCUCGAGAUCCGGUUAUCAAACUGGCAACUGAGUGCCAUCUUCGCCAAGGAGAAAGUAUACGCUGUGGACCAAAGCUUUCAGAACGGCAACCGAGAUGCAUUUAACCUGGGCUACGGCAACCUCGGAGGCUUCACAGGCCAGGGAGGCUUCGGCAAGCAGGAAAAAGUGAACCAGUACGGCAACCAGCAGUACGGAGCAUUCAAGGGCUACGGACAAGGCAACUACG